AUGGCUGCACAGGAGGUGCAGCCCAACGAGACUUUAGCGUCUUUGAAAACGGAAUCGGAGACCCUGAAGACAAAGCUAGAGGAGGAAAGAGCAAAGCUGCAUGAUGUCGAAUUACAUCAAGUGGCAGAGAAGGUGGAGGCACUGGGCCAAUUCGUCAUGAAGACACGAAGAACCCUGAAAGGACAUGGGAAUAAAGUUCUCUGCAUGGACUGGUGUAAAGACAAAAGGAGGAUCGUGAGUUCAUCACAGGAUGGAAAGGUGAUUGUUUGGGAUGCAUUUACCACCAAUAAGGAACAUGCUGUGACCAUGCCGUGUACGUGGGUAAUGGCGUGUGCCUAUGCCCCCUCUGGGUGUGCAGUGGCCUGUGGUGGACUGGAUAACAAGUGCUCAGUCUACCCCUUGUCCUUGGAUAAGAAUGAGAACCUUGCAGCUAAGAAGAAAUCUGUGGCAAUGCACACCAACUACUUGUCAGCCUGCAGUUUCACCAACUCAGACAUGCAGAUUCUCACGUCGAGCGGAGACGGGACAUGUGCACUGUGGGACGUGGAGAGCGGACAGCUGCUGCAGAGUUUCCAUGGCCACGCGGCAGAUGUGCUUUGUCUGGACUUGGCCCCCUCAGAGACGGGCAACACCUUUGUCUCAGGGGGCUGUGACAAGAAAGCCAACGUGUGGGACAUGCGCUCGGGGCAGUGUGUCCAGUCCUUUGAAACCCACGAAUCAGAUAUAAACAGUGUCCGAUAUUAUCCCAGUGGAGAUGCGUUUGCCUCCGGCUCUGACGAUGCCACUUGUCGUCUGUACGACCUGAGGGCAGACAGAGAGGUAGCUAUCUAUUCUAAAGAGAGCAUCAUAUUUGGUGCGUCAAGCGUGGACUUUUCUCUCAGUGGCCGACUUCUCUUCGGGGGCUACAAUGAUUACACCAUUAAUGUGUGGGACGUUCUGAAGGGAACCAGGGUGUCCAUUCUGUUUGGCCAUGAGAACCGGGUCAGCACACUGCGUGUGUCCCCAGAUGGCACGGCAUUCUGCUCAGGCUCCUGGGAUCACACUCUGCGGAUCUGGGCCUGA